GUCUAACACGCGACUAAGCAAGUUACCGGGAGACAGAGAAACGUCUGGAAUUCUUUUAUCCCUAGGUUCUACAGUCCAUUCGUCCCCGCUGGGAAGACAAAGAUGGCGCAGGGGCAGGGAGUCGUGACGCAUUUCCUGUGAAAGUCCAGGUCGAACUCAUUGCGCUGCGCGCGCAGCCAGACGCGGUGAAUCGGGCAGAGCCGGAGCCGGAGCGGCAGCGGGAAAAAUGGCGGAGAACGACAACUGGGAUGCUGAUGACUUUGAUCCAGAAGAUCUAAAUCAAAAGGGGGCUGCGUCAGGCCCAGUGACAGUAAGGGAUCGCUGGGAUGGAGAGGAUGAAGAGGAGGAUGUUAAGGAUAACUGGGACGAUGAAGAGGAGGCAGGAGGUGCAGCAAAAAAAGAGCCACAGAUAACAGUAGAGCAAAAGGUUCCAGAAAAGAAAAAAUUACUAGAAAAAAUAAAAGAAAAAGAGAAGUUGCAGAAACAGAGGAAAGAGGAACUGAAAAAGCAGGUACAGACAUUGGAGUCUUCAAACACACCGGAGUUAACUCCAGAAGAGCAGCUGUCAGAAAAGCUUCGCCUAAAGAAGUUACAGGAGGAUUCCGACCUAGAAUUAGCAAAGGAAGCUUUUGGAGACGAUGUUACUGUUACUGGAAUAGAUGCCAUGAAUCCGUCCACACGAGAAGACUUCACAGAAUUUGGAAAGCUCCUUAAAGAAAAGAUCACCCUAUAUGAGAGAUCAUUAUAUUACCCUGGCUUCCUGGAGGCCCUUGUGCGGGACGUGUCCCUCUCAUUGGAAGUUGAGGAUCUCAAGAAAAUCAACAAUUCUCUAACAGUGUUGUGCUUUGAGAAACAGAAGCAAGAAAAGCUGCAAAGUAAAGCCAAAAAGAAAAAGAAAGGAGUUGUUCCGGGAGGAGGACUAAAAGCCAACAUGAAGAAUGAUCUAGCAGAUUAUGGGGGCAUGGAUGAGGGGUAUGGACGCGAGUUCGAUGAUUUCAUGUGACCCACCGAUUCUUUGUGGCCCUCAUUAAGGAGAGCGCUCUCCUCCCUCAGGACUCUGCCAAAUGCUACAGUCAAAGAAAUCAUCCCCCACUUCAGCAGGCCGUAUACAUAUAAAAAAGAAAAUUGCCAAUGGUUUGUGAAUCUGGAUUCUGGUGCCCUCAUCACAUAUUAAACCGUAACCUAUGCAGCUCUUUUCAGCAUCCCCUUAUAUUGAGGCCCAAAACCUUUCCCACUCUGCUUGUGGCAUGGACUUCAGCUCUGCCAUGUUGCAAACAGUCAUCUCUGCUUUUUGCCUAGGAAUAUGGUCUCUCUCUCUCUCUGGACAGGGCAGCUCAUUAAAUCUUUUUCUUCUGGCUCUUUUCCUCCUGCCUCAUUGACACUGCCCCCUCGGCCAUCUUAGUUUAUUUUUUUUAUAUUGGUUUCUUAGCUUUGUGCUAGAGGAAACUUGCUUUGAACUGUGAUUCCUGAUGGACUCUGCCUGGUGCUUUUCCAUAUUAAAACUUUAAACAAUCUGAAAUCACGUCUUCAGUCUGUGGAACUAUGAAGAUGCAGGAGAAGGGUAAGGAGAUGCCUCUGGUGCAUCAGACUAUGUGCUGCCUUCUGUUGGUUUCUGAAGAGAAAACUGAGCUGCCAGUAAUAAAACACAACUGUCACCCAUGAGAUUGUGGCCAACUGGCAGCUCUUGAUGGCUCUGCCGGAGGGGAGGGCCAUAGAGUCUUGAUAUUUAUUAAGUGAUUGCGCGUCUGUGUGGCUUCACGAUUGGUUAAUUGCUUUUUGACUCUCGCUCCAAGGUUCAAGGUCUGGCCCUUUCACUUAAAACUUCUGCUCACCCACUGGAUGGCGCUUUGCAAGCAGGUCCUUCUAUGGGAGAAUUGUUAUAUUAACAAUGAGACUGCAAUGUUUGUUUUAUAAGACAACUAAUUUAAUAAACUCAUCCUUGUGACAAGA